GAGAAGAAAAAAGGAUAAGUCAAAAAGUAAAGAAAAUCUUUUUGGGCACAGCAGCCUGCAGGACUGGGCUUGGCUGAGUGUUGGGCUCUUCAACCAUAGACCAAGGAGCUCCUCCUUACAGAAAGCGUUUAAGCAUCACGUACACUGCUUUAAUCGGCCACUGCUUUGGGAAUACUCUCUGAACAUUCUCUCCGCCCCCGCCCCCGGCUUUUUGCUUUUGUGGUUUUCUACUGUUUUGUCCUCAACCUUGGAGAUGCUGUCCCUUCCAUGCCCCAUGACAUGCAUUCCUCACUUCUGCUCUGGGCUUUUGAUUCCCACCAUGUCUCUUUUUCUUGCCUUAGAAUUUCAGCCUUGCGGCUUUCAUUUCCUCACUGUUCCAGCCUGUUUUCUACUUUUCCUUCCAAAGCACUUUGCAUAUUGUGGUUUCAUUUAUUUUCUCAAUUCUGGUCUGGCAAUUGCAACAUUUCUGCCAUACACUACUUUGGUUCUGGUUCCUGUUCCAUGUUCCCAUGGUGUAUUUUGCUUUUCAAUAGCCUUGUCGCGUAUCCUAAUAGCUGGAGUUGACAUACGUGCUAAAGCUAACUGCCAUCAACAGGCCUUCUGUGGUGUGGUGGGGAGGAGGGAGCAUCCAAAGUCCAUGACUAGGGCUUUUGGUUAGCAGUGUGCUGUGAAUGUCACAAGGGCAUCACCAUGUCCCCCACUCUACCCUGCCACAUUAGAAGGACCAGGAUGGCUGGGGGAGCUGGAGCUGUGUAAUUUUUAGCCACCAUGUACAAGAAUAGGAAGGUACAGUGACUCCUAGGCAUUACCUGCUUGGAUCAAGGUCUUCGUCCUGGCUCUCUCCUCACUCUCAUGGCACACGGUGGUGACUGGAAUGGGUUCUACAACAAGGAUCUGGUCCAGAGCAGACCUGGUUCUUCUCCCGUACUGAGCAGGUCCAGGGGUCCCUCCUCCUGCUGCUAGCUUAUAGGGAGUCCCUGUUGAAGCUGGCACAGAGCCAAGCCACAAGCCAACCACAUUCCAGGGCUUUGGAAGUUGGAGUACAGCCUACAACCACAAAUCUUUUCUGUGUGGGACUCCCAAGUAGGAAGUUAGCAAGAAGACUUCAAGAUGCCUCAAAGGACAAAAUGGAAGGGGUUCACACCCUAGGCAAGAAGGAAGCACUGCUUCUGCUGUCCUAAUGUCUCUGAAAAUCAAGAAUGAGAAACUACAAGCCAUGCAGCCGGAAACUGUUUGCUAUUGCAGCUAGUUCCUCUCGUGGUGGUGUGGCAGGCACAGCACUCUUCCCUCCCCAGAGUAGCCCAGGAUCCCUGCCAGCACAGACCUUUGGACCAGGCAGGCUCCUCAAGUCUGCGUCAUGCCUGCCCCUGCCUCCCAGCCCCACCAUCCUCAUCCUUUCCUGCUGCUGACUCUACUGCUGGAACUGACAGCAGGGGCAGCAGAGGAGGAGCUGCAGGUGACUCAGCCUGACAAGUCCGUGUCAGUGGCAGCUGGAGACUCGGUGACCCUGCGCUGCAGAGUAAACACCCUGCUGCCCGUGGGACCCAUAAGGUGGUUCAAGGGGGCUGGGCCAGACCGGAAGAUGAUCUAUGACUACAGAGGACUCCAGUACCCCCGAGUGACAACCCUUUCAGACCUCACAAAGCGACAGAACAUGGAUUUUUCCAUCCGCAUCAGCAACAUCACCACGGCAGACACAGGCAUCUACUACUGCGUGAAGUUCCAGAGAGAGAGUAUAGGAGUUGUGGAGUUUAAGUCUGGACCCGGCACACAGGUGUCUGUGCAAGCCAAACCCUCCAACCCUGAAGUGACAGGGCCCAUGGCCAGGGCAGCCCCUGAGCAGACCGUGAGCUUCACCUGCAAGUCCCAUGGCUUCUCCCCCCGCAACAUCAGCCUGAGAUGGUUCAAGAACGGGAACGAGCUCUCGGCCUUGCAGAUGAGCGUGGAGCCUGCGGGAGAGAGCGUCUCCUACAACAUCUCCAGCACCAUGCAGGUGAUCCUGACCAAUGAGGACGUGCACUCUCAGGUCAUCUGUGAGGUGGCCCACGUCACGCUGCAGGGGAGGCCUCUUCUGCGAGGGACUGCCAACUUGUCUGACACCAUCCGAGUUCCCCCAACGAUGGAGGUCACACAACAUUCCACGGGGGGAAGGACUCAGGUGAUCAUCACCUGCCACGUGGACAAGUUCUACCCCAAGAGCAUGCGGCUGACCUGGCUGGAGAAUGGAAACGUGUCCCGGACAGAGAUGGCAUGGACGGAGGUGGAGAACAAGGAUGGGACUUAUAACCGCACAAGCUUGAUCCUGGUGAACAACUCCGCCCAGAGGGAUGAGCUGGUGAUUUCCUGCCAGGUGGAGCAUGACGGGCAGCCGGCGGUCACCAGAAGCCACAUACUGCAGGUGUCAGCCCAGCCCAAGGAGCUCGACACAAAUAUCAUUCUCGCUGUCAUCCUUCUCCACAAGGUGCUGCUGGUGGUCCUUGUCUCUGCCAUUCUUGUCUUCAAGAAGCACAAGACCUCAGGGUAUCCAGGAAGAACAACCCCAAGGACAGCACAGAGGCAGCAGACAGUCCUUGAAGAUGAGCAGUAAUCCCUGUGGGAGUGUUUCCUCAUAGUUCCUCCUGUCCUCCCCUGCCACAAGGGACCUUGUUCUGAGGGGCUCAGCCCAAUGAAGGAAUCCUUGAGAGGCUUGUGUAAACUCUGCUCUGUUCAUUUCUCUUCCUGGGACGUCCACCUGCCUACGGCUCCUGCUCCUCCUUCCUGACCUCCUGGACAGCUGGGUCUGCAUUUGUGGUCCUGGCAAGGGUUGUGGUAAUUGGCUCUGGACCCUGACUCUUGGCACCAUCCCAGGAGCUGAGCAACAAGGCAGUUCUAAACUAUCAGAACAUUUCUUGUCAAGACCACAUUGGCCUUGACCUUGAGCCACAGGUUCUGGGAAACCCUCUGUAGAGCUAAUCCAUCUGGAGGCAUGUUUGGUGCAGCAGGUAAGAUGCUGCUGGGGAUGCCUUGGUCAUGCCUGGUCAAAAUGCCUUGUUCAAGCUCCAGCUCUGUUUGGAGCUCCCGCAAAUGAAUGCUCCCCCUGGAGGCAGCAGGUGAUGGCGCAGAUACUGAGUCCCUACCAUCCCACAUGGAAGAAGAGUGCUGUUUCCUAAAACCCAGUUCUGGAUGUUGUGGGCAUUUGGGGAAUAAACCAGCAGAUGGAA